CUCCAUGCAUCAUUUCAGGAAGUUGAUCUGAGCUGGAGCUUUGCUUCUCUUUACAAGCUAAAAUGGAGAGAGACAACACAAACGGGAAUCAGCGUCCCCCGCCCUACAACCAAGCUUACAAUCAGCACUAUGGGCCUGGGCCUGGAGACAAUGUCGGAGUGACAAACGUGGCUGUAAUCCCUGUGGCUGGGGAAUAUGGCAAUGCAGGUCUUCCACCACCAGAUUACACAACAGGCCUUGAAGACAUAACCUGUUUCUCUGAUGCAGCCAUAAGGAGAGGCUUCAUACGGAAAGUCUACUUGACUCUUAUGGUUCAGCUAUUAGUUACAGUUGGGAUUAUCUGUGCAUUCCUGUAUUGGGACACACUGAAUAGCUGGGUGAGAUACACUAGUUGGUUCACCAUCACCAUGAUGGCAGGAACAUUUCUUCUUGUCAUUGUGCUUGCUUGCUGUGGGGAUGUCCGUCGAAAGGUUCCAGUGAACUUCUUUUUAUUGGGGUUAUUUACCAUCAUGGAGGGUCUCAUGCUUGGAUCUGUGACAGUGUACUACGAUGCUGAAGCAGUGCUCUGGGCUGUGGGUGCCACUGCAUUGGUGUCCUUUGCUAUGAGUGUCUUUGCAAUGCAGUCCAAAUGGGACUUUACAGCAGCUAGUGGAUGUAUGUGGGCCAUAGGCUGGACUCUAUUCUCAUUUGCAUUGCUUUGUGCAAUCUUGAGAUCUCAGUACGCCUACAUAGCCUAUGCAUCACUGGGAACACUGGUCUUCUCUAUUUACUUGGUCAUGGAUACACAGCUCAUGCUUGGUGGGAAACAUAAAUACAGUGUCAGCCCAGAAGAAUAUAUCUUUGCAGCUCUAAAUCUGUACCUUGACAUUGUCACAAUUUUCUUACUGAUACUUCAACUGAUUGGACUUUGUCGUUGAUGUCAUGUUAUGUUUUAGAAAAGUCAUUUCAGUAAUCCCAGACAAACUCCUAAACUCAGUACAUCUAUCAAUUUCCUACUUCUAAAGAACAUUUCAGCAUCAGCUAAAACCUGCUAAAUUUGUUUAAAAUAUAGAACCUAAUAUAGCAGUCUUAAAAUAUGACAGGGUAAUAGUAACAAUUUAGUUUUCAGGAAGUUGAAUGUGAUCUCUCUUGAAUUCGUAUUCUGAACUCAUCUUUAUUUUUUUUUCCUUCUUAAAUCGACAUUGUUUCUCUUUGCACACAGAACUGUAUGUAAAUAUUAAAUAUAAUUUUCA